UCCAACUUGUUUUAUGAUGGUACUUUACAGAACGGCGUCACCGUUGCUGAAAGAAUGCAGCCAGGUAUGGAUUUCCCUUGGCCAGUACCUGAGAAACCAAUGUUCUUUUACGCUACAACUGGGCAAGAAGAAAUUGGAUCUUCUGGCACCUCCUUUCUUAACAGGACCGAGGCUGCUGCUGUGGAAAAAAUUGCAACUCGAUUUCUCCGUGCUGGUGUUAAGCCUGAACAGAUUGGCGUGAUCACUCCUUAUGAAGGCCAACGAGCUUAUAUCGUCCAGUACAUGCAGUACAGUGGCUCUAUGCAUGUCAACUUAUACCAAGAAAUUGAAGUGGCAAGUGUGGAUGCAUUUCAAGGACGUGAAAAAGAUUACAUUAUUUUGUCUUGUGUCCGUUCUAAUGAACAUCAGGGUAUUGGCUUCUUACAAGAUCCUCGUCGUCUAAAUGUUGCAUUGACUAGAGCCAAAUAUGGAACUUUGAUUGUUGGAAACCCAAAAGUUUUGUCCAGGCAAGAAUUGUGGAAUCACUUGUUAAACUAUUACAAGGAGAAUAAAGUUCUUGUUGAAGGACCUUUGAACAACAUGAAGGAAAGUAUGAUUCAAUUCAGUAAACCAAGGAAACUUGUCAACAAAACAAACCCGGGAGGUCGCUUUAUGAGUUCUACAAUGUUUGAUGCGCGUGAAGCGCUUAUGCCCGGCCGCGUUAUCGGUCCUGGUUUUGCGCCACAGAUUGAUCCUACGGCGACAUACCAGGACGCUUACUACCGGACGCAUGACAGAAUGGGUUAUAUUGGUGCGGAGCGAACAGUUGCAGCUGCUGUUGGAAAUAUCCCUAUUCCUGUGGGAAUGUUUUUGCCACCUAUGCCUCCCCAACCUCCACAUAACUAUUACAAUCAAGCCAUGCCAGGUCGCCCAAUGCCAGGUGUACGACAACAACAUGUUUCUAAUCAGUAUAAUCGCAACAACCGUGCACAAACUUCAAACAAUAGACAUCAAGUAAAUCAUGGUUCCUAUGGCAUGAAUACAAGCCAGGCUAGUCAGGAGGCCUCACAGCCAUUAUCCCAAGGUCCGCUUACUCAAGGUGGUAUGUCUCAACCUAUGGCAUCUCAACCAUUAUCCCAACCAGAACUGUCACAGGAUAGUUACUUGGCUGAAGAUUUUCACUUGAAGUCUCAAGGGGAUGCAGUCCUCUCUCAGGAUUCCACGUAUCAAGGCGAUCAGGGUUACAUGAACUCCCUGCCUGAUUACAGCCAACCUAACUAUGCCUCCCAGUAUUAAGUGCCCGUCUGCAGGCAUGUAGGGGACCCAUACAGUAUCAGGCCUGGUUCCCACUGCCCUCAUUCAGGCCAAGAUUGGAGGGAGAUGCAGUAAAGUAGGUGAUUGUACCCUCGGAGAGUUGAGAACAAACCCUUUGUUGAGAUAAGUUGAGAUUUAUUACAAGACCAUUUCAUCGUUCACUAUUAUUACCACUGAGUUCGUUAUAACAGCAAUAGCAGGCAACUACUGAAUCUUGAGUGAUAUCAUUUAGAACAGGAAUGUAAAGAAUACCAUUGUGUCAAUUAUGAUAAAGAAUACCAAACUAGUAUUAAACAGUUGAGACAUAAGUUAAAUAUAUGUCUGUCAGAUAAUGAAAGUGAUGACCAAUUCACUAUAUCCAUUUCUAGUUGUUCGCAAAGCUUGUAACCACUCAUUUUUACAAAUAUAUCUUUAAA